AUGCCUUCGCUAGGCUCAGCCCUUCUACGAUCCCUGGCACUCAUCGCAGCCUGGACACAAGCCCAGACCGAGGCCCAGUCCCACGAACCCAAUGUCAUCCCUGACCUAAUCGACUUGACCUGCGAUGCCCGAACCAUCAACUACAUUACCCACACGCUGCCCCAAGCUUGCCUCACAAGCUCCUGGACGAGCACUUCUGUGAGCGCAACCACUUCAGAUGCCAAUUCGACCUCCGACGCCUCCCCCGACUCGACACAAAGCGAUGCGCCACCCUCAAACACACAAAGCGAGUCCCCUUCCCAAUCCCAGUCCCAACCGUCAGCGUCCACCGCCACUGCCGCCAAAGAUGACCCGGAAGACGCCGCUGCAGAUGGAGAUGCAAAGCCUUUCAUGUCUUUCGAGGACUGGAAGGCCAUGAUGUUGAAACAGACCGGGCAGGACCCUCAAAACCUACACAGGAACGCCAAGCCCCGCGACAGGACACCCCCGGAUAUGGGCUACGGCGGUCUCGGCGAGGAAGAUGAGAUAUCCCUGAACUUUGGCAGCUACAUGGAUGACACGGGGGAGCAACAGGAGCGCCCUUCAGAUCUCGAACAAGCUAAGAACGAGGGAUCAGGAAAGGAUGGCCGUGGUGUUGCAAUCCAUAGAAACAAAGAUGCUGGCAAGACUUGCAAGGAACGCUUCUCAUACUCGUCCUUCGAUGCCGGCGCCACCAUUCUCAAGACGAGCCCCGGCGCAAGGAAUGCAAAGGCAAUUCUCGUCGAGAACAAAGACUCUUACCUACUCUUCGAGUGUAGUGCCAAGGAGAAGUGGUUUAUUGUCGAACUGAGCGAUGAUGUCUACAUCGAUACCGUUGUCCUCGCCAACUUCGAGUUCUUUUCUAGUAUGAUCCAAACUUUUACUGUCAGCGUUAGUGACCGGUACCCAGUCAAGAGGGACGAGUGGAAACAGAUCGGAGUGUUUCAGGCAGAGAACUCACGAGCUAUUCAGCCCUUCUUGGUAGAGAAUGCCCAGAUCUUCUCCAAGUAUGUCCGCAUCGACUAUCUCACCCAUUACGGAAAACAGUACUACUGCCCCGUUUCAUUACUUCGAAUCCAUGGCUCGCGCUUCUUCGCUGCAUUCAACGAAGAUCGUAACGAUGAUACGAAUGAGGCUGAGGAGGCCAAAGUGACUCCUCAAGCUCUCCCUUCAGGAGAAGAGCCGGCCAAAUCCCAAGAGCUCGAGAGUCCUCCUGAGCCUGCUAAGCCCGCUAAGCCCAGCUCGAUGGGAUUAAUGCCAUUCUGUGAGGUCAACACCGCUUCGCAACUACUUUUUGAGCCGUUGUUCUGCUCUGCCUCCCUCAAUCAAACUACACAACCAAUCUCAAACCCCAGCAGCUCUGCUGAAGUCACCAGUGCUGCAUCCACAACCAACUCCCCUGACGAGAGGGCACAAAAGGGGACUUCAACACCACACAUUCCCCGAUCAGAGCACCCUGCAAGUGAAGAGCCCACGGCCUCAUCAUCUUCCACCACUGCAUCUCCAAGCGCCACGCCCGCUGUGUCCCCGACCAGCCCAUCCUCCAUCUCAUCCUCCAACGUCGAAUCCCCUUCAAACUCCACCACUUCUGCAGCAGGCACAAAGACGACCGCAACACCAUCUUCCUCGACGUCAUCAUCUACUCAGAAGCCCUCCCCUGCCAAUACUGUUAAUGCCAAGAAGGGCUCCACGGGAACGGCCUCUGGCUCACCGGCCUCGCCAACUGUUCAAGAAGGAUUCUUCAAGUCCAUCUCCAAGCGUCUUACAAUCGUUGAAACCAACCUCACACUCUCCCUCAAAUACGUCGAGGACCAAGCCCGCCACAUGUCCGAGACUCUGCACCGCACAGAGCAGAAGCAACUUUCAAAAACGACACUGUUCCUCGAGAACCUCAACAAGACCGUCCUCGCCGAGCUGCGCUCCGUUCGUGAGCAGUACGAUCAGAUCUGGCAGUCAACGGUCCUGGCUCUGGAGAGCCAGCGCGAGCAGUCCAACAGAGAGAUAGUUGCCCUCAGCGCUCGCCUCAACCUCCUGGCCGACGAGGUCGUCUUUCAGAAACGCAUGGCCAUAGUACAAGCCGUGUUACUCAUGUCAUGUCUGAUCCUCGUCAUCUUCUCCCGAGGUGUGCCACUACAUCACCUCGCACCUUUUUCGGACCAGGCUGGUCUCGCUUCUUACGACGGUGCAUCAUCGCCGGCUCGCGUUCGAGCCAUGCAUGGAGGUGCAUACGACGGAGAAGAUGCAGUGUUACUGGCAGCCCGUCAGAGAAGCCAAUAUGCUCCUACAUCAAGAGGAGACGAUGGUGCUACUGAAUUACAACGAGGGCCUUUUGCCGACGACAUACAUCAUGAUCGUGUUGAAUGCGAGCAGCUUUCACCUCCUCCAACGCCAAGAUCUUCUGGGGGCUUUUCUUCUUCGUCUGAUCUAUCGCCCCCAUCCCACGACACAAAGCCGAAUGUGUUGCGUCGCUCGAUCGCGCAACCUACCAAUUCGCGAAAACCGUUACCAGCGCUGCCCGAGAAUCCAUCUUCUCCAUGA